AUGGCAUCUGAAUCUUACGACAUCAUCGCUUGGCUCGUUCCAACAACCCAUCAUUCGUUGGCCGAUAAAUCCACUCACAUACCCGAGAACGCCUCUCACAUCACCACAACCUCAAAUUCAUAUCUCUCAUCUCGCCUCUCCAACAUCACAAACCAUGGCUCGGAGAGAGCCAUCCAACUCACCUUCUCGCAACCGCCUAAACUACCAGGCAGCUUCAUCCUCGGCACAGACCCGAGAACCUGCGACAUCAUCCUCCCACGAACGGAGGGAAUAUCGAAACAACACUGCGCAAUCAGCUUCGAUGCGCAAUCAAGACUCGUGCUUAGCGACUUCUCAGCCAAAGGAACACAAGUAUGGUAUGACUGGGAAAGCAACGGCGACAGAAUAGAUUAUUCAUGGCUUCUGAGCAGCGGGUGCUCUGGAGAGUUCCCCAAUAUGGUGCAGCGCACUAUUGUGGACAUCCAAGGAGUUCGAUUCCAAAUUGUCGUGAAUGAUCGUUCUGAAGACUGGGAUACUUUCAGAGAACAGGUCGACCAGUUCUGUGAGCAGCCUAGCUGGGAAGAUGCCACUUACUGGGCUGAUUCCUCCUCGUUACUACAUUCAGACAUGUCUGCAGUCCAGCAUAUUUUGGUGAAGAACGCAACAAACGAACCCGUCGAAGAGCUAUAUCUUUGGAACUUGGAACGGCCAUGGGAACCCAUGGUUAAGGCAUCGGCAUGA